UUCCUGUUGUACUUAAAAUGUCACUAUCCCAUAAUGAAAUUGUUCAAUUAAACGUGUUGACUCGGACGUCAACAGUUCUGGCAUCAGUUCGAAUAUCACUAUUGCACACUAAUUUUAUUCAAUUAGAUUCGAACUGUCAAGGUAAAGUUCUUAAACUUUACACGAUAACUCUAUUUUUUUAUGUUUUUCUGUCGCUGAAUUUAUUCCUUGGUCCCAAAUUAUCGAAGUUUAAAAAACAAAACUAA